AUGUCGGGUCAGACGCUGACGGACCGCAUCGCCGCGGCGCAGUACAGCCUGACGGGAUCCGAGGUCGCCCGAGCUGUGUGUAAAUCCACCACACAUGAACAGACGCCUCCAAAGAAAAAGCACCUGGAAUACCUGAUCCAGGCCACCCAGGAGACCAAUGUGAACAUCCCCCAGAUGGCCGACACACUGUUGGAGAGGGUCGGCAAUGCCAGCUGGGUGGUGGUUUUCAAGGCCCUGAUCACCACACACCACCUCAUGGUGCAAGGCAACGAGAGAUUCGUGCAGUUCCUGGCAUCUAGAAACACCUUGUUCAACCUCAGCAACUUCCUGGACAAGACUGGCUCCCACGGCUACGACAUGUCCACGUUCAUCAGGCGCUACAGCCGCUAUCUCAACGAGAAGGCCUUCGCCUACAGACAGAUGGCUUUUGACUUUGGACGGGUCAAGAAAGGAGCCGACGGAGUGAUGAGGACCAUGUCAGUAGAGAAGCUGUUGAAAGGAAUGCCCACCCUGCAGAGCCAGAUCGACGCGCUGCUGGAUUUUGAAGUGCACGCACAGGAACUGAACAAUGGGGUGAUAAAUGCCUGCUUUCUCCUACUCUUCAAAGAUCUGAUCAAGUUAUAUGCCUGCUACAAUGACGGCAUCAUUAACUUGCUAGAAAAGUUUUUCCAGAUGAAAAGAAGCCAGUGUAAAGACGGGCUGGAGAUCUACAAAAGAUUCCUGACACGAAUGACUCGGGUUUCAGAAUUCUUCAAAAUUGCUGAGCAAGUGGGAAUAGACAAAAAUGACAUUCCUGAACUCACUCAGGCCCCAGAAAGUCUUCUGGAGUCCCUGGAGACCCACCUCAACACACUGGAGGGGAAGAAACCAGAGGAUAAGUCGCCCACAAAGGAUGCGACAGCCAACAACAGCUCGCCGGUAGCGGCUGCUGCCGUUGUUGCACCAGCCAGGCGUGCUCCUCCUACUCCUGGCGGUGGGCCCCCGGCUCGCCCUGGGCCACCUGCCAAACCUCCUCCGCCCUCUGUCACCCCGACCGCGCCAGUCCCCACCACCGCUCCAAUCAGCAAUGCUCUUGAUGAUGGGUUCUUGUUGGAUCUAGACCCCAUGUCCUCCUCAUCAGCAAAGGGCGCAGCAGCGACUUCCUCCAUGACUGGAUGGGGAGAUCUCUUGGCUGAGGCAGCUCCACCUGCCACUGAUGAAGCCUCUGAAGCUCUCCUAGCGGAGGGAGAGUCUGAUUCUGCUGAUGCAGCGGCUGCUGCCCCUGCACCUCCCGCGCCCAGACCCGCUGUCCCUCCCACUGCCGCUAUCAGAGCCACUACCAUGGCAGCUAAAGCCGCGGCAGUGCCCGCCUCGCUGCCCAUCUCAGCUCCCGCCUCAGCCGCCGACAUGGACUUUUUCGGAGAUGCGUUUGCACCUUCCCCAGGAGAUGGUCCUGCCGCCGUGGCCGCGGGCCCAGCUGCUGAUGCAUUUGGUGGAUCUGACCCCUUCGCUACGACGGAGGGGAGUGGGGCCAUUGCUCAAGAGCUGGACCUGUUCGCCAUGAUGCCUACCGACACGGGGGCCACCGCCGUCCCCCUACCCACCUCUAGUGAGGCGCCAACCAUCGUCGCCCCCAUCGCUGCCCCCAUCGCUGCCCCCGCUGCCCCCACCCCUUCUUCCACCACCACCACCACCACCGACACCACCACCACAGAGUCUGCAGCCGCUCCGACUCUAGAUAUCUUUGGUGAUAUGUUUGAUUCUAUGCCUGAGCAAAGCCCUUCCACAGAAUCCAAAGCUGCUACCACUCCUAGCGUAGACCUUUUUGGUUCAGACCUCCCUGCUGUUUCACGCGGGCCUUCUCCUUUGCCCGAGCUGGCUCCGGCUGGAGAUAUUAUGACUGACUCAUUUGCAUCUCCGGCUCCUGCUGCCACCGCCGACGCUCCCGUUGCUGCUCCCGCUGCAGCCUCCAGCCCAGAGGACUCCUCUCCUCCCAAAGCAGAGCCAGCAUCUGUCAUUGACCUGCUGGACUCCUUCGCCAGUCCUGUGGAGGAGACACAGUGCUCUGCUCCUGGAGGGCCUGGAGACGAUCUGCUGGGAGGCCUGAUGUCCCCCACCCUGGCACCCACUGCUGCCCCAGCUCUAGCUCCAGCCUUGGCUCCAAUUCAGAACGACCUCCUGGAGUCGGGAUUUGAUGCUCUGGGCUCCCUCACCUCUCCAGUGCCGCCUGUACCUGCUGUGGUACCGAUGGUACCAACUGCAAAAGCUCCUGCAACCACCACACUGGUGCCCUCUGGUGGCUUUGAUGCUUCAAUGUUUGAUGGAUUAGGCGACUUGCUGAUGCCCUCCAUAACACCCCAGAGCACCGGGGGCAGCACUGCUGGAAGUACAGCAGGAAGCAUGGGAACUCCUGUCGCAGCGGGAGGCAUUGCAGCUGCUCCCUUCGCCACCCAACCUCCUGGGAAAACUGUCGGAGGAGAUCUGGACUCGUCACUGGCCAACCUGAUUGGAGACCUUGGAGUAAAGAAAAAGGACCCACAGAGUGAGAAGAAGCUGACAGGAGGUGCCAACUGGAUGCCACAUGUAGCUCCCACAAGCUGGGCUACACCGGGAGCCCCCAUGACUGGUGCCGCCCCUGGAGCUCCUGGGGCGCCGGUAGCAGCCAUGGUGCCACCAAUGAGCGCACAGCCUGGGUUUGGCAUGCCUCCUGCAGGAGGGCCUGGAGCUCCAAUGAUGCAGCCCAUGAUGGGGCAGCCAAUGAUGGGACAGCCCAUGAUGAGACCCCCCUUCACUGGGGUGGCUGGAGCUGCACCCGGAGCCGCUAUUCCUCCAGGACCUGCAAACCAGAGCCCCAAGAAGCCCAAGGACCCUUUGGCAGAUCUCGACCUCAAAGACUUCUUAUAACGCCCCAGGUGGGAGCUCUGACCAGUACAUGCAGUAUGCUGCUUUCUUCUCUGGAGCAGGGCCCGCUCACCUUUUACCUGGUGUCUGUCAACAUCUCAGGAUGUUCAGCUACAAUAAGAGCCUCCAAUCUCCACCCCGUCCAUCAACACCCCACCCGUCUCCUGUGUGAUGUCGUAGCACAAACUGUGAAAGUGAACCAUAGCGGAUUAUAUAUAUAUAUAUAUAUAUAUAUAUAUAUAUAAAAAAAAAUACAAGCGUGAGCUUAUGUAGAUGUACUAAUCUUUUGUUAAAACAAAAUCACUCAAAACCCAGACAAAAAAAAAGUCCACAAAAAUAAGUGAAAGAAAGUGAAGGCGUGUGUUUAGAUUUAUUUCCAGUGUUGAGUUGAAUGAUGGAUGUGCUUUGGUGUAUGCCCCACCCACCACCCCAUAUGUGUCCCCGCCUCCUUAUAAAGGGGGAGGAGCUCUUCUUUGUCCCACUCUGAUUGGAUACGAGUGGUUAACGAAGCCCCGGUAGAUUUUUGGGGAGAAACCUGUUGUGUGUUGUUUACAUAAAGGUCCUCGUUGAUGUACAUAGAUUUCUCUGGCGAGGAUUACGUCUCUAUUCUGUAUGUCUGUGGAAGAGAAAUAUAAAUGUGAAUCUGACUUGAAAUUGUAAGAAGUCGUGUGAGUGUCCUUCUAUUUCCCGUCAUCUUUUGAAAGUAUUUGGAAACAAAUAAGACUACCGCUACAUGAUUACUGUAUAUUAAGAAACAACUUCCAUCUGCUUCUGAAUCAUACCGGACCAGCAAGUGAUCCUUUUUGUUUGGUUCUUCUUUUAUACUUGUGGCUUUUUUUUCUAUGUUUCUUAAUUUGUCCCAUGUUUAAUUUACAUGUUCCAUUUCUGUUAGAAUAUUCCUCCUCAGACUGCUGUCGAUAUUUGCUGGCAUUGCUAUUAAAGAACAUAUCUGACAACUAACGCCCAGAGGAAAUGCUUUAGUUAUUCUACAGAGAGAUAAACUCAAACUGUCCCUCAGUAUAUCUGUACAUGUUUCUACCUGCGGUUUUGACUCUACCCAUGUGGAUAUGUCUGUUGCCUGUGCUUUCAUUAUAACUGCGACCAGGUCAGUAUGAUUCCUUUUGUAUUUAGAGUAGAAGAUUAUUCCAGUGUCGUUAUAAACUCUAUGUUCAGACAGAUCAAAUCAAAAGAUUUCAAAAAACAGCAGACAACCAACAUGAUGAUCCAGCAGGAAGGACUUUAGUAGCAGUCAGGAACAUAUUAAAGGUCCCCAGUUGAGUUUUUGCUUAACAAACAAAGUUCCGUUUACACUCAUUGUUCUUCAUCAAAUAAGGUUUGGGUGUGUCAUUUAGGCCUAACAAAUGUGAUGAAUGAGUUUACUUCCUCAUGAAACAUUUGAAAUGCAAAUACAUUUUUUUUUCUUAAACUUUGAAACCUACACUGUUUACAUAUAAAAGGGGGCCUAAGGACUGAACUCCACAGGGUACCUUUAAGUUCCAUGUUACUGUACUAACCUAUUGCAACCAUUGCUGUGGGACAUGAAGGGCCAAGUGACAGCCUAUAUGCCUGCAAUGCUACUUUGACAAUAGUAUAAUUACUGCAAAUUAUUAUGGUCACCUGAAAAUGCAAUAUAUUUGAUUUCUGUCUGAACAUGUUUUAUGUUUAAGUUUUUUUUGAUCAUUGCUGACCUUUGGCCCAUUGUCAGUUGAACAGCACUUGUUGUCAGUGGCCACUCGAGAAUGCCACUCUCCAUCUAGCCAUGAUCUUGUCUCCAAAAGCAUCGUAACACAAAGCUCCUCUGUUUCUGCAGACUAACAAUGGAAUCAAUGUGUUGAUAUGCAUGUGGACAGCUGCUGUGUAACUCCAGGGGCCCCGGUCCUGUGCUGUAAACCAG